AUGUACUUACAGUCGACCUUCGAAGCGAAAAGCAGCUCGUUCUGGAAUUCGCGCUCGCCCUGCAGCGACCCGGAGUCCAUGAGCUUGACGGCGACGCGGGAGGCGGCGAGGACGGGAUCCCCGGAGCCGUACGGAGCCGAAGCCGCCCUGGCCGAGGCGGAGGGACGGGGAGAAAUUGGAGGUGGCGCGGCGGAGGAGGGAGUACGAGAGGCUGUGGGGGGGCUUCUUGGAGUCGGUGUCGGAGGCGCUCGGCGCCGUGCGCUUCCUGCUGAUCCGCCGGAAGCAGAGGACGAGGAGGAGGAGGAUGGAGAACGCUGCCGUCAGGCAGCCGGCCAGAGGCGGGAGGAGAUGGUGGGUCCGGUUGGGAGGCGACGUCGGCGGGGAAAGGAGGCGGCGGGAGGGCAUGAUGGUAAUUUUAUUGGUGAAAGUGGUGUUGGGGUCUGCAGAUUGAGCCGUCGAUUGAUCCUGCCUGAUGGAGGAUUUGGGCGGCUGACCCGAGAUUUCGGGCUCGGGGCCCAUGGAAAAUCCAAUCCGACGAGGUUCGCGGCCUCCGAUCGUCGAUCCGUUGACGAUCCGUUGGUCGGCGAUCCGAAUUUCACGGCAAGCUCGAAGAAUCCCGAUAGAAGCAACAAGCACUCGAGUUGGGGUUUCUACUGA